CUCAAGCCUGGGAGAACAUGAUGAGUGCCUCAAGCCAGAGUCCUAACCCUAACAAAAAAAAAAUCCCUCCUUUGCAGCAGGCUCAGGCCUCGGGCGCCCUGAGCUCUCCGCCUCCCACUGUCAUGGUACCUGUGGGAGUUUUAAAGCAUCCUGGAGCAGAAGUGGCUCAACCUAGAGAACAAAGGCGUGUUUGGUUCGCUGAUGGGAUAUUACCCAAUGGAGAAGUUGCUGAUGCAGCAAAACUGACAGUGGCUGGGACAACUUCCACAGGAACCUUAGCAGUGUCACAUGAUCCAUCAAAGCCCGUGAUCAACAACACUUUAUCAGCAGAAACUGAUAAUGCUUCUGUAUUCUCGGGAAAUAUAACUCAGGUUGGCAGUCCUGUUGGCAGUGCAAUGAAUCUGAUUCCUGAAGAUGGUCUUCCUCCAAUUCUCAUCUCCACUGGAGUAAAAGGAGACUAUGCUGUAGAAGAGAGACCUUCUCAGAUCUCUGUCAUGCAGCAGCUGGAGGAUGGUGGCCCGGACCCUCUUGUGUUUGUUUUAAAUGCUAAUUUGCUGUCCAUGGUAAAAAUAGUAAAUUAUGUGAACAGGAAGUGCUGGUGUUUCACUACAAAAGGCAUGCAUGCAGUGGGGCAGUCAGAGAUAGUCGUUCUCUUGCAGUGUUUGCCUGAUGAGAAAUGUUUGCCUAAGGAUAUCUUUAACCAUUUUGUGCAACUUUACCGGGAUGCCUUAGCAGGUAACGUUGUUGGCAACCUGGGACACUCCUUUUUCAGCCAGAGCUUCCUUGGAAGCAAAGAACAUGGAGGGUUCUUGUACGUUGCAGCUACGUAUCAGUCCCUGCAAGACCUGGUGCUCCCAACCCCACCGUACUUGUUUGGCAUCCUCAUUCAGAAAUGGGAGACUCCCUGGGCUAAAGUGUUCCCCAUUCGGCUGAUGUUGAGACUUGGAGCUGAAUACAGGCUUUAUCCAUGCCCACUUUUUAGCGUCAGAUUUCGUAAGCCUUUGUUUGGAGAGACUGGACACACGAUUAUGAACCUUCUUGCAGACUUCAGAAAUUACCAGUACACGCUGCCAGUCGUCCAAGGUUUAGUGGUUGAUAUGGAGGUCAGAAAAACCAGCAUCAAAAUUCCCAGCAACAGAUACAAUGAGAUGAUGAAAGCCAUGAACAAAUCCAAUGAGCAUGUUCUAGCAGGGGGAGCAUGCUUCAACGAGAAAGCAGACUCACAUCUGGUGUGCGUUCAGAAUGAUGACGGGAAUUACCAGACGCAGGCCAUCAGCAUCCAUAAUCAGCCAAGGAAGGUGACUGGUGCCAGCUUCUUUGUGUUCAGUGGAGCUUUAAAAUCCUCUUCGGGCUACCUUGCCAAAUCCAGUAUAGUAGAAGAUGGAGUCAUGGUCCAGAUAACUGCCGAGAACAUGGACUCUUUGAGGCAGGCCUUGAGGGAGAUGAAAGACUUCACCAUCACUUGUGGCAAAGUAGAUGCUGAAGAUCCUCAGGAACACGUUCAUAUUCAGUGGGUAGAAGAUGAUAAAAACUUUAGUAAGGGUGUUGCAAGCCCUAUUGAUGGCAAAUCAAUGGAGUCUAUAACAAGUGUGAAGAUAUUUCAUGGCUCAGAGUACAAGGCAAACGGAAAGGUCAUUCGGUGGACAGAGGUGUUUUUCCUGGAAAAUGAUGAGCAACAUAACAGUCUGAGCGACCCAGCCGAUCACAGCAGAUUGACUGAAAACGUGGCAAAGGCUUUCUGCUUAGCUCUCUGUCCUCAUCUUAAGUUGUUGAAAGAAGAUGGAAUGACUAAGCUAGGGCUGCGUGUUACACUUGACUCAGAUCAAGUUGGUUAUCAAGCUGGGAGUAAUGGACAGCCACUGCCCUCUCAGUACAUGAAUGACCUGGACAGUGCCUUAGUUCCAGUGAUUCAUGGAGGGGCGUGUCAGUUGAGUGAGGGGCCAGUCAUAAUGGAGCUCAUCUUUUAUAUUCUGGAAAACAUCUCAUAAGAGGACUUCAUUUUCUGUUCAGACCUGUUCCAGCAGCAGUUGUAUCUGAAUCAUUUGCACUUUAAAACUGGAAAAUUAAGCUUUUGUUAACACUAUUGGGGGAGGGGGGGGGAGGAGGGAGGGACAGUUGUUCCAUAAUUCUAAAUCUUCUAUGCAUUGUCAACAAACAGAGGAUCAGGGCAGCUUCUAUACUACAACAUGGCUAUGCUAUCCUUGCAGCUAAUACACUUCUGUUACUGUUUAGAAAAAUGCUCAUGUUUAAAGACUUACAGUCAUGUACUCUAAAUGCUCAAACGGGUGCAAAGAUCACUGGGGCG